CACAAUUGUGUACAGUUUAUUUCUGUUUUACUUGUUCGUGAAAUUUGAUAGUUUUGUUUAUCGAAACCUGUGCGGAUAUUUCCUGAGUUGAAAUAAGUGAGUUUUACUGAUUGAAUGUGAGGUGUAAUAGGACGGAGCGUAUCCACGGGAGGAAUAGGAGAACAGCUGAUUUAUUCUCCGAACCUUUCAGUCCGUGAAAACCUUGGAGCCUACCGCACGCUAACAAAUAGAACUCAAUUGUGCAGUGAUUCAUUCUCAUAAAUCCUGAGUUUACCAGAUUUCAACCAAACCCACCCGUACCUUUAGAUUACUGCAGGAUGAACCCCUGAGUAAGGAUGGGACGGAAGCAUAAAACAUAUCCUAGUGAGGGACUUGAACCCUCUCCACUACAGUUUGAUGACAGGUAUGAUCCUGAUUCUGAUCAUGGAGAGUCUUUUUAUUUUGCUCAGCAGGGACCUCUGGUUAAACGCAGAUCUUGUACAGAUGUUCUCUGUUUUCUGAUCUUUCUGGCAUUCAUCGGAGGUUGGGUGUUUGUAGCGUACCUAGGCUGGAGGGAUGGAAAUAUAUCUAGGGUUGUUUAUCCUACAGAUUCACAGGGAAACAUCUGCGGUCAAGGAUCUAUGAGGAAUCGUCCUUUUCUCCUUCUCUUCGAUCUGACUCAGUGCUUGAACCCUGCUGUUCUUAUUUCCGGUUGCUUGACACCACAUGUUUGUGUGCCUCAAUGUCCUGAUCUGACUUUCUUCCCGUACGGAGAGAACCUACUGAGGAAGGAUGAUGACAGGAUAAAAAAGAUCAUGGCUCCGUACUGCAAUGUUAACUCUGUACAGGAGUUGGAGGAACAAACAGUUUCUGAACUUAUUGAGAAGAAAAUUUGUCCUCCUUGGUUCUUGAAGAGCUCUAGUGUCUUUGGACGCUGCUUUCCUGCUACCAUUACCAACAAUACUAGUACUCCAGAAGAUAAGGUCAUAGUUCCAGCAUCUAAGAGUCCAACUAAUGAAACUGUGAACUCGAAUACCCUGGACAAGGCGGUGUUAAGAUUGACAGCAUACCUCAAUAUCAGAGAAGUUGGAGAGAGGGUGUUCUCCGACCUUGCUGAAACCUGGUGGAUGAUUGGGUUAUCCAUGAUUGGAGCUUGUAUUCUCUCCUUCAUCUGGAUAGUUCUUAUGAGGUUUCUAGCAGGUUUAAUGGUUUGGUUGAGCAUCUGCGUUAUUUUCUUCGGAACUGGUGGUCUGCUGGGAUACUGUGGAUACAGGUUGCACGAGGUUUGGGUUUCACCGGAUCAGGAGACAAUGAAGAAUAUACUUGAGGUGAACAUUACUCCUUACUAUUUGGAAGAUGUUCUGAAGCUUCGAGAUACAUGGUUAGCCUUCACCAUCAUCCUCGGUAUCAUUUUCCUUAUCAUCCUCUGCAUCUUCAUCUUCCUCAGACAGAGAAUACUGAUUGCUAUAGCUCUGAUAGAACAAGGUUCGAAAGCUGUUGGACAAAUGUUCUCAAGUCUCUUCUUCCCCAUCAUUCCGUUCUUACUCCAGCUGAUUGUAUCUGGAUGGUUCCUGAUAGUUGCGAUGUAUCUGGCGUCCUCUGGAGAAUCUGAGUAUCGAGCUUCAAUCCCGAAUGGAACUGUUUGUGAAACCUCGCCUGGUUGCUCCCCAUACAAAUCCAAUGAUACCUGUACGGUUGAAGAGUUCAGUUCCUGUAUGGAGGAGUGUGCCGGAGCAACCUGUAACUUCUCCAGGUACAUCAAGAACAAGGAUUUCUCCUGGCUCCAGGUUGUCAACGUGUUCGGACUCUACUGGGGGAUUUUCUUCUUCUCAGCAUACGGAGAAAUGGUUCUAGCCGGAGUAUUCUCUCAGUGGUACUGGACAAAGAAGAAGCAGGAUGUAGAAGCCUUCCUCCUCCCUAAGAGUAUGUGGAAUGCAUUGUACCAUGUGGGAACAAUUGCCUUUGGUUCCCUUCUCCUUGCAAUCAUUAGAUUGAUCCGAACUAUCCUGGAGUACGUGGAGAAGAAGUGUAAAUACUUCAACAAUGAUUUCACUAAGUGUUUGAUGUGUAUGUGUAAAUGUUGCUUGUGGUGUCUAGAAAAGUUCAUGAGGUUCCUUAACAGGAAUAUCUACAUCAUGUGCGCCAUGAAGAGUACAAACUUCUGUAAAUCCGGGAAGGACGCAUUUGAUCUGAUCAUGAGAAACCUUGUAAGAGUUGUAGUCCUGGACAGUGUUUGUGAUUUCCUGUUAUUCCUGGGAAAGAUGGUGAUUGUUCUUGCAAGUGGAGUUCUAUCCUAUCUUACCUUUGGGAGAUACUUCCCAGAGAUUCAGGAUAAAAUCCCGAACCUUCACUACUUCUUCACACCGAUAGUUUUUAUUGUAGUUGGAAGCUAUCUUAUCGCCAGUGCUUUUUUUGGUGUUUACUCCAUGGCUGUAGAUACCCUUUUCCUGUGCUUCCUAGAGGACCUAGAAAGAAACGACGGAUCCCUGGAGAAACCCUACUUUAUGUCAAAGAGCUUAAAGAAUAUAUUGGGGAAAAUGGAGAAAACUGCCGCGGAGAGAAAUAUCAGAAUGGUUUCAACAAAACCUUGACACCCGCCCCCUCUGCCUCAUCUUCAUCCUCCUCCUCCUUAUAAUCCUUCCGCUCCUCCCUUUCAUUCAAUAGCUCAUCCUUAUCCUUCCUACUCAUCCUCCUCGACAACAUAUCAUUCAUUCCGUCCUGAAGUUACAUAUCGACCCUCCUCAGUAUAUACACAAACUGGACGCUCUAAUCUUCCAACACCAGUACCACGUUCUAUUAGAGUACCAGGGAGGAAUCUAUCCUCCACCAGGAGUCAACCUAGAUCUAGGAUACCAACACAGGUUCAAGCUCCAGGUACUACCAGUGCCCGGAGAAGCGUAACCCAACCUCGUAUCUCCCCCUGGGAUGAGGACGGAGUAGCUGUUUAUCCCUGGUCAAGAUAUGAUGAACGGUUUCCUGAUGUUUGGUGAGCCCUGAUACAACACACGAUUUGAAAACAAUAUUGAACAUAUUAAACAUUGCUUUUUUAGUUCUAGAGUAAGGUUUUACAUCUUGCAAUACAAGAAUUGAAGAAACCCAGUUUUCCCACUAAAAACAUUGAUUCUUUGAAGGAAAUUGAUUCUUUGGCACAAACUUAAUUUUUUUAAGGUUUACAACAUUGGGUUUUGCGAAGAUCGAACAUAUUGAAUUGAAACACAAACUCUUUAUUUAUCUAAAAUUUGAUCUGAUUUGAUAUUUUUAUAAAUUUUUCCUAUUCCUUCUUAAUUAUUUUUUUCUAUCGCAACAAAAUCUUUAAAUCCAUGAAAAACCCGCCAAAUAUCAAUUCAACUGCUUUCAAAAAAGUUUGCCCUUGUUAAGUUAUUUUAAAAAAGGUUUAGAAUUUGUUUUUUUUCCAAAUGUUCCUUAUGUAAGAACAAUUUUAAAUACCUGUCCUAAAGAGAAAAAGAGGGUCUUCCUAAUUAGUCCAUUUGUAUACUUUAGUCUUCCUUAUUAGUCUAAAUGUCUGGGUUAAACUCUUCCUAAUUAUAUUCUCGAUGUUUAGUCUAGUUUAGUCUAGUCUUAUUAUUAGUCCUAAAUCUAGUCUUCCACCUUUUUAAGUCUGAACAACUUUCCACACUUCAAUAGAAUUAACUAAUCACUGAUCACAGACUUACGCACUUAUCCUCUUUAUGUAAUUAAAUCUUCUUAUCUUCUAAUUUCACCUCAUGUACACUGUACCCAUUAUUUACCAAUUAAACCUUCUAUCCUUAA